UGCUCGAUUCAAAGGCGCUUGGCUCGAAGACGAGCCAUUUCCUCUCGUGGCUGAGGACGCAAGGCGCCCUAAGCAAUGCGCAGCAAUCGGCGCUCUCGAUUGGCGCUUGUUCUUCCGGGCGUGGAAUGUUUGCGUCUCGUCCAAUUCGAGCUGGAGAGCGCAUGCUGGAAGUUCCACCUAGUCUUAUGAUCACUUCUCGAUGCCUACAAGACGAAGUCGCGAGAUUUUUGCCUGCGCAGGCCACGGAAUGGUCGCGGCUGGCCCUUUUCAUCCUCGCCCAGUGGAACAAAGGCCAGAACUCAGCCUGGGAUCCUUACAUGGGAAUUCUUCCCUCGCUGGUUGAACUAAACAACACAGUGUUUUGGAAGCAGGAAGAGCUUCAAUGUGUGAGGCACAGUCCGGUUUAUUUCAAGACUACGCAACGGGAGAGGUGGCUGGAUAUGGAAUUUUCGGACGUCCAGAGCGCAAUCUCUCGUUGUCGCCAUAUCUUUGGAGAAACUGCGUCUUACGAUGCCUUCAAGCACGCAUACUCGAUAGUGGCGACGCGCUCUUGGCGAGUGACGGACAUCUGCGAGCUGGGAAUGGUUCCUUACGUUGAUCUCAUCAAUCACGACUGGAAGUGCGAGUCUAUUCUUUCGCAUGACCCCGAUAAAAACUGCGUCGUAGUUAUAGCAGAUCGAGAUUACGCUACUGGUGAUGAAGUGUUCAUCAGCUAUGGCCAGCUUCCAAAUGUUACACUGGCUGUGGACUAUGGAUUCGCUCUUUCUUACAAUCCCUUUGACGAGGCGGAAAUCUGGGUGACCAUCUCCCCAGACGAUCCGCUCUACGACGCAAAACUUGACGUCUUCUCCAGGAACAAGAUCAAAAUAACAGAGGAAGAAGAUGGCAGUAUGGGAAAAGCUUUUGUCAUCCAGGAUAUAAACUCAAAUCCGAAUGGAAUUCCACCCGGCCUUCGCAGUUUUGCUCGAGUUCUUUGCGCAAAAACCCCCGAAGAACUUGAGAGACUGGACGCGAGCUCCGCUGGGAGCGGCAAUUUUUCCUGGGAUCAAGAUAACCAACACAAAGAUCGAUGCGCCCUACUAGAAAUCCUCUCCCAGGUCGACAAUCUUAUCGAGAAAUAUGUAGCAGCGGACUUGGCAGGAGAUGUCCACGGCAUUGUGCACGAACCGCGACGAGAAAUGGCCAAGAACCCUAAGCUCUAG